AUGGCGCAGUUCAUGGAGGCACUGACUAAUGUGACCAAGGGACAGGAUGACUUGCGAGUUCUCGUUGAGAACUCCAGAAGGAAUGAGAAUGGAGGACAUCAUGGGCUGUUUGAUGAUGUGUCUGGCAGGAUUGAUGAUUACCAUGAUCCGAAUGAGUUUAAUCACGUAUCAAGGCAUAGUGCUAAGGGUGCACAUGAGGAAGUUGAAAGGUAUCGUCUGAUUGAAGAGCGUCUUAGAGCUGUUGAAGGCAAAGGGGUGUUAGGCAUGGAUAUCAAUGACUUGGGGUUGGUUUCUGGCGUGAGGAUUCCACCGAAAUUCAAAGUUCCAUCUUUUGACAAGUACAACAGAGCAACUUGUCCUAUGACUCAUGUUAAGGCGUAUUAUAGGAAGAUGUCAGUAUACUCUGAGGAUGAGGGCUUUCUAAUGCACUUCUUCCAGGAUAGUCUUGCUGGGGCUUCUUUGGAGUGGUAUGUACAACUCGAGCGCACUCAUAUUCAUUCUUGGAGAGAUCUUGUGGAAGCUUUCAUCAAGCACUAUCAGUACAACAUGGACAUGGCGCCGAAUCGAACUCAACUUCAGAGUUUGGUUCAAGGUCCGAAAGAUUCCUUCAAGGAAUAUGCUCAAAAAUGGCGCGAGCUAGCGGCAAGAGUUCAACCACCAAUGACUGAGCGUGAGAUGAUCGACAUGUUCACCAGUACUUUGUCUGGACACUACUACUUGGCUUGUAGUGCUUCCGCCAAUUUUUCUGAAAUGGUGAGAUAUGGCGAGCAUGUUGAGAUGGGCCUCAAAAUGGGGAAAAUUCAGUUAGGAGCUUCUUCUAAUACUUCUAGUGGGAAGAAACAAGCUGAGGGUUAUGCCAGAAGGAAGGAAGGAAAUGCGGAUGCCAUAUAUGGAAGAAGGGGUUCAGGGAGAAACAAUUCACAGGUCUAUGCUGUCAUGAUCCCAGUACCGCAACAACAACAACAACAUCAGAAUGGACAGCGUUCCAACAAUGAUCGCUACCCUCCCAGGACUAGGCCUCAUAGAAAGAUUGAUCCGAUUCCCAUGAUCUAUGCUCAGGUGUUGCAACAUUUGCUCAAGAUUGAGAAGAUUACUUUGAGAGAUGCUCCGAAUGCUCCAGACACACAAUCUCCGAAUUACAAUGCAAACGCACGAUGUGCUUUCCAUUCAGGCGCUCCUGGCCAUGAUACCGAGAGGUGUAUUGCGUUGAAGAACAAAGUCCAAGACUUGUUGGAUCAAAAGAUAAUCCAGUUCACUCCUACACCCAAUAUUGUCAAUAAUCCGAUGCCUACUCACGGAGGUUCGGGUGUGAAUGCCAUUGAGAGUGAAGAGAUAAGUGUUGUGUCUGAUGUGGGCAGUUUGACCUUUCCUCUUGUGUCUGUGAAGCAACAUCUGGUUAAUAGCGGUAUCUUCCCGGGCUGUGGUGUGAAUUGUGAGAAUUGCAAGAGUCAACUCGAAGGUUGUGCUGAGUUGAAAAGUAUGGUACAAAAGCUUAUUGAUGAGGGUCCUCUUCAAUUUUAUCGAAGGUUGAGAGGCGUGAAAAGUGAGGAUGGUGAAGUGGCUGUGAUCUCAAUUCCUUAUGAGCCAGUUGCUCCAAUAUGUAUCCAAGUGCCUAUUCAGAUACCUGUCAGUAUCCCAUAUGAGGAACAACCAGCGGCGUUGAUGAUUACCGUGCCAGGGCCAAUUCCAUAUGAGAGUGAGAAGGCCAUCCCUUGGCAUUAUGGUUCAGACGUGUAUUACUAUGGCACAAAGGAAGAGGGUGAGCCGUCUAAAGAGAAACUUGUGGAAGCCGCAGUUGCAAACACUGAUAAUUUCGCUGGUACCGGUAGAAUCACUCGCAGUGGCAGGGUGUUCUCCCCUCAGCCAAUACAAAACAAUGCAGAUGCUUUGGCUAAGGCCAAAGGCAAACAAGUGAUGACUGAUGUCCAGAAUUCUCCGACUCAGAAUGAGGCACCUGAUAGUGCUGUGCCUUCCAAGGAUGUGGAAGAGUUGUUGAGAAUCAUCAGAAAGUCUGAUUACAAAGAAAUAUCUGUAAAUCAGUUAGAGGCGGUGGCCAACAAUAUUUCAGCUGGAAAUGGCUUGGGGUUCACCGAUCGUGAUCUUCCUCCUGAAGGGAGAAACCAUAACAAGGCGUUGCAUAUUUCGAUGGAGUGUAAGGGGACGACUUUGUCCCGUGUUUUGGUUGAUACAGGCUCUUCUUUGAAUGUGCUUCCCAAGUCGGCUCUCAUGAGAAUUGACUAUGCUGGUGUUGAAUUGAGGCCUAGUGAGUUGGUGGUGCGUGCCUUUGACGGUUCAAGAAGGUAUCAUGUUUCUGGUGUCUGCGCUUCACAGCUUAAAUUACACCCAUCAAUUAGAAUACUAAAGUUAUCCAUUUCAGGUCCUACCAAAGCUUUAGAUUUCUUGCUGUCAUUUCAUAUGCUUAAUAACAAUGUGGGUUGGUUCAUAUCAAUUAACAUAUUGGCUACAUAUUUGGUAGGCUCGUCUUUAGCAUGGAUCAUUAUCAAAGCAUAA